AGAAAGUGUACAUUGCUGAACUGCUCAUAAGUCAUUUCCUCAACAACACUGAGAGCUUAAGAGAUGGAGAUACAGUCAAAGAUGGCCUUCAUUCACCUCCGUUAUGGAUCUGGAACUAGCUCCAAAUCUACUCUACACACUGACCCUGGACAUCCCUCAGCAGACCCUGAACUUUUUACUCCUAUUUUGGAUGUUAAUGGUGCUGAGGAUAGGAACACGGAUGAAUACAGGUUCGUCUGCCCUCAUGCUGGUCAUUUUAAGUGCAAAUUGACCAACAUUGUGUUUGAGAUGGAAAGUAAAGGGGAAGUGCUGUACAGAAUAGUGUCCUGGGACUGCCAUCUCUUAAAUGGAUUACCCCAAAAAGAGCCUGCGGGACCUCUGUAUAAUAUUGACAGCCCUGAAGGUUGCAUCCGUCGUCUGCACUUUCCCCACUGUGAGACCGGUAAAGGCAAGGCUAAAUUGACUGUGGCACAUGUGGCUGGUGGUAAUGUGGAGAUCAUUCAGCCGCUAACAGUAACAGACACGCACGUGAUCAUAAACAUUCAACAUCUCUCCCCCUUUGGUUUAAUUUUGCCAUGGACUAGAUCUCCCAUCAGAGCCCAAGUUCUACUGUUCUACAAAAGAAUGACAGAGCACAGGAAGAGUAAACUGCGCAUCCACCUCUUGCCAGCAAAUGUGCCAGUUAAAGAGGUGCAGAAACAAUACAAGAGCUACACAUACAUUGAUACAACCUCCAGUUGUGAUCUGAAACCUGGUAAAAAAUACAAACUGCUCUGUAACACUACUGAACUUGAUCACACACUCAAACCAGAGGCUGUAAUAUUUCGUCGUGACUGCGGCCCCAACUAUCACUCUACAUUCGAGGUGCAGUUAAAUAUCAAAGCUGCUGAAGUCACAUUAACUCUUUUGGAUAGAAAAGGCAAGGAGGUGUGGACACCACCUCCAGUCUUGCUUACAGGUGCAGGUGCAGCCUCACGCCAAAUGGAUACAACAGGUGCUGACUUCGUGCAUAAACACAGAGAAACACUGAUUCAGAGAUUUAAUUCAGUAAUGGAGGUUGCAGACUGUCUAAACAGCAAGAACAUGAUUACUGUUGAAAUGUACAAUAACAUUCAGGCUAAGCCAACACCUCAGGAUCAAAUGAGAGAAUUGUACACAUGUCUCGACUCAGGGGGAAGAGUUGCGAAAGAAGAAUUCUAUGACAUCCUUGUAAGGAGGCACAGUGGGUUAGUAGACGAUUUGAAGUCUGAAUUAGAUCAGGCUUAGUCAACACUUAAUGGAGUAAAUCUCACGUGCUGAGUAAACGACAUACACACCCACACAUUAUGCUGUAUUUUAUUUUUCUCACUGCUAUUGUGAAUAUGACACAUAAAAGUAAAUCUUACAACUUUAUUUUCAAGUAAUUUCCACAUCUGGGUGAUAUAAAAAAGGUGUACAUUUAUGGUUAUUCUGAUUAUUAUGUGAUUAUUCGCGUAUUUUUAUUUCCAGAGGUUUGAUGAAGUACUUCAUAUGGACAUUUUAAUUAUUGUAGACUAUAUUGUAUCAUAUUUUUAAUUGCUGUAUCUGAAUUUUUAGAGCAGGGGUGUCAAACUCUUUUUUUUUUUACAAACAAAUCUCUUUAUUUACUUUAUUGCUGAUUCUGAGAGACACCUUAAAGCGUCAUAUUUUCAGUUUGUUAAUGAAUAAUUACACUUCAUUAGCAUAGUGUCAGUGUCUGAGUUUGUGGCCCUGUGUUUAUAGCUCUAUUUUGCCCCCUAGUGGAAUAACAGAGACUAACACUUCCUGAAAUCUCAUGUACACAAAACAUUGAUAAGUUAUUUACACAUGUAUAAAUUUUGUCUCAUUGCCUUUGCUUUAAAUGAUCAUAUAGAGAGUUUAUAUACAGCUACUGCUGUUACUACUGCUAUUAAUAUUACUAUUAUAAUGGCUACUACUGCUGCGACUACAGCUAUUAAUAUUAUAAAUACUACACCGCCUACUAAAAAGAUCUGUAGUACAACUAAAGCAAUUACUGGUAACAAUUUUAAUACUAAAAUCAAUACUACUACUACUACUACUAC